CAUGGCGUACUUCCGCCUGUGUUUCCUGAUCCGGGUCAUCAACGUGGUUUCUGAUGUUUUUAAACGUGCAGCGUUACAUCUGAGUGUCCAAUGGGGGAGUUUAAGGUGCACCGAGUCCGCUUCUUCGACUAUAUGCCCAGCGCCAUUCGGGCCAUGGCCUUCAACCGGCAGAUGGAGCGGCUGGCCGUGGCCCGGGCCGAUGGCGCCGUGGAGAUCUUUAACUUUGCUGACAACUACUUCCAAGAGAAGGUGAUUCCUGGGCGGGACGGGCGAGCUGUGGAGGCUCUUUGUUGGGUGUCUGGCCGCCUGUUCAGCGCCGGUUUGGAUGGCGCCAUCACGGAGUACGACCUGGAGAACCUGAGGCCCCGCUACAGCAUGGAUGCCUACGGGGGGCCGAUCUGGACCCUGAGCAGCAACAGCCAGGGGACGCUGCUGGCGGCUGGCUGCGAGGACGGCACCGUGAAGAUCUUUGAAGUCCUGCAGGACAGAGUCCAGUUUCAGAGGAACCUGGACCGCCAGAAAGGUCGGAUCGUUUCUCUCUGCUGGCAUCCGUCUGGUGGACAGAUCGCCGUGGGAAUGAUGGACAUGCUCCGGAUCUUCGACACACAGACGGGCCACGCCACCCAGAGGAUGCUGGUGGAGCGCGGUCUGGGGGCCUCUAAGAGCAGGGAGGUGGUGGUUUGGAGCGUGGCCUUUCUGUCCGACCACACCGUCAUCAGUGGAGAUUCAGCUGGAAAGGUCCAGAUCUGGGACGGCUUAACUGGAACUCUGAUCCAAACCCAUCUGGUGUCAAAGUGGGACGUCCUGGUUCUGUCCAUUUCCCAGGAUGAGAGCAGCGCGAUGGCCGGGACCUCUGAGGGAACCGUGGUCCAGUUUCAGUUCAUCUCCUCCACAGUGGGACAGCAGGACAGGCAGUGGGUCAGAACCAGGACCUUUAAAAACCACUCUCAUGACGUGAGGGCGCUGGUUCAUACCGACACGGCUGUGGUGUCUGGAGGUAUGGACACUCAGCUGGUAGUGAGACCCCUGCUGGACAAGGUGGAGAAGAACACCCAGGAGUCAGCGCUGCGUAAAAUAGCUUUUCCUCAUAGAAGCCUGGUUAGUUGUGCCAAGAAAGCAGGACUUCUGCUCUUCCAGUUCCCGGAUCAUUUGGAGGUGUGGCGGCUCGGAGAGAGCGACGGAAACGGAGCGCCCUGGGAGAGCCUGCCUGUGAAGAGGAAACCAGAGAAACUGAUCCAGCUGAAGAGGAAGGGAGAGGACCACAUCUGCUGCAGCACGUUGUCUCCAUGUGGCGGCUGGUUAGCUUACUCCACCAUCUGCAGCGUCCACCUCUACAGGCUGCAGCUCAGCAGCAACAACAUCAGCAUCCAGAAGGUGUCCAAACUGCCCAGAGAGCUGCGCUCUGUCCAUCAGCUCUCCUUCUCAUCCGACUCGUCCAGACUGUUCGCAUCCUCCAGUCUGUCCUCCGUCGUCAUGGUUACUCUGGACCAGACAGAGAUAAAACACAUUCACACAUUCAGGCACCAGUCAGGCUCCAAACAGCCGGUCCACAUCCUGUCUCCCAGUGAGGACGGCCAGUGGCUAGCUGCAGCAAACACUGACGGUGAGAUCCACGUCUUCGACCUUCAAAAGAAGACGCUGCACUGCUCGGUGCCGACCUACAGCUCCUGUCCCACAGCGGUCUCCGUCCACCCAAGCGGCUGCAGCCUGGUCUCCGUGCACGCUGACCACCAGAUCUUUGAGUUCUCCCUGAAGCAGAAGGAGUUCACUCAGUGGAGCCGGCAGCUGCAGAGGCGAGGACUUCACCCCCUGUGGCUACAGCGGGACACGCCCAUCACUGGCGUCACCUUCAACCCCAGGAACCCGGCCCAGAUUCUCCUGCACGACACCUUCAUGUUCUGCAUCAUCGACCAGAGUCUGCCGCUUCCCGAGGAACGGACGAAGCUCUACAACCAGGCGCUGCUCCGGAGUCUUCCUCAGACACAGAGGCCCAGAGAAAGCCACGCCUUCAAGAUCUUCAAGAACUUCCAGCAUCUCCUGUGUGUGGCGCUGAUGGAGGACCGGUCUCUGGUGGUGGUGGAGCGCCCCCUGCUGGACAUCAUGUCUCAGCUGCCUGCUCCGGUCCGCCAGAAGAAGUUUGCAACCUGAGUGAUGAUCGCCGUCUGUCCAUGUAGAAGUGAAGAACCUGAACCCGACCCGCCGUGUUGCUUCCUUUUUCAGGACGAUUCCACGGAAACACUUGAAGCAGAACCGGUUCCAGGUUCUGAUGCAGCAGGACCUGGAACCGGUUCUUUAUUUCAGGGCUGCUGGGUUUCCACAUGGUUCCUCACAGCUGUUCAGACAGUCUGGACUGUGACUUUGGUUUUUACUCAGUUUAACAGAAACUGGAUGUUAUGAAGAAAAACCAGACAUGAUUCAGUCAGCUGAAACAUCUUCAGACAUUUUAUUUUUGAU